AUGCAAGAGUGUAUCGCGAUCGCCCAACACACCUACAUCAAGUAUGUCGACAAGCCCGCCCACGUCGUCGUCGCCACAGGUGAGCACUGCAUCUCGGAUCUGCCUUUGAUUGAAGUGCAAGGAAAGGGGAAGAAAUUUAAGGAGUUCUUCCAUAUCGUUGAGAACGUUACCCCAGAGCACCUAACACAAAUCCGAGAGGUUAUGUGUGCAGAUGAAAUCGUAGUGGGUCGCUUACCCGGCUUCGUCAGUCCAGGCGAUGCUUUACAUGAAAGUUGUCACCUACAGCUAGUUGUAGACAGCGCCGCCAACACCGUCCUGCAGUUCUUCCACUCGUCGGUGCCCUUGCCUUGGGGUGUAGUCAAAGCGUUCUGUCGCGGGGGCAGCGUCAAAGUCUUGAACUACAAGAUCGCCACCAAUUCCGACCUCGUGAAGCGAGGCUGCCUAGUAAUGCUUUCCAAGAUCAAGGGUGAGCAAUGGCUAACACAAGCUCUUCAAGAGAAACUUCGCCGCCCACCCAAGAACGGGGAUAUGGUUGGAAAUGCAAGCGGUGGUUCAUGGGAUGUAACACCCGAUGAGCUCCGCGAGGGCAUCGCCUACAUCAACAAGAAUGCGCCCGUGGCUAACUCCAACAAUGAACAGUUCCUGUGGUCUCUACUCAAUGUACGUGACAAGGAAUCACCUAUUUUCGGAUGGCCUCUACACAUUGUGAGCCGAGCAUGCUCCAAUCGCAGCCUUGGGAAUUCCCAAGCAGAGGCCGAGCAUUUCUUCCCCUUGCUGGUCCCCGGUGAACUACACAUUCCCGUUAUCUUGGAUGACGCUAUCCUUUCUUCUAUAUCAUUCGAGGACAUCAAGUCCUUCCUGGACGUGGGUGAGACAUGUCUAGUUGACGCUCGACACCGAGCCGCGAAGUUUGUUCGCAACCAGGUCAGGAUUCUGCUUAACAACCAGUGGGAGGAGGAUGAUGAGCCAGAUGAUCUCUCCUACAACAACAGCAUCAGUUGGAAUCAGUUCAAGAAAAUGAUCUCCUCAGCCCUUGGCGAUGCCCCAUGUGUUUACGUCCGUGUCGCAAGUGAGCACCAGUCGCAAACCAUACAUCGUUUCGAAGGAGGUGGUGUUAUCGAAGAUCGGCUUACUUCCACCCACAAGAGCUUCUACUCCAAGUACAAGGAUGGCGUCUAUGCCAAGUACAGUGGUUACGAGGAAAAGCUGCAGGUAGAAGCUGACUUCAUCAGUGAUCUGCUGGCGACCUCUGAAGAAAAGGAGUACAUGCGUCGUGGAGCCACCUACGACUCAUGGGCAGAAGAAGCCGACACAGCACCCGUAGAGUACCCACCUACACCUCGUUCGCGCCCGGCAUCAUCCAACGCUGCACAGAGUCCCGUCAUCAAGUCGCCCCCGCCUAAAAUGAUGAAGAAGUCCGAGGACGAUGACGCAGAUGAAGAGGCAGCAAAGGCUAUGCACUCAGACUAA